AAUAAUAAAUAAUUAAAUAAAAAGAAAUCCUUAACGCGCCAAUUCACGCGCGGCCUGUUUUUCCUCCGACGUUCUAAAAAAAUGGAAAAGUCGAAGACAGAAACGGAACGGAGGUCCAGCUCUGCGCAAUUUCCGACCGGAUAUCAGAACACCAUGACUGACCCGAAAGAUUCGGAUCCUGCAACGGAUAUGGAGGUCUUUGUUAUUGUGCCAACAUCAGAGCCGGAGACAAAUGAAGAGAAGGUGAUUGAGAUUCCAAAACAGAGUCAGACUCAAAGCGAGCAAUCACCGAACCGGAGGAAAUUAGUUCAUUGGAGCCCCGAAUUGGUUAGAGAUUCGCCUCCGGCAGAUCAAGGAGCCACCAUGCCUCCUCCUUACCGGUCCAAUCCUUACGUUACUCACAGUCCUGCUCUAGAAUCUUCUUCGUCUCCCUUCAAAGAGAAAAUGGAUAUAGUGAAGGAUGUCUUAGGGAGAUGGGGGAGGAAAGUGGAAGAAGCGACGAGGAAAGCCGAAGAUCUGGCCGAAAACACGUGGCAGCACUUGAAAACAAGCCCAAGGUUUACUGAGGCUGCCAUGGGAAGAAUUGCUCGGGGAACAAAGGUUUUAGCAGAAGGUGGCUAUGACAGGGUUUUUAGACAAACAUUCGAUACAGUUCCCGAAGAACAACUUCUAAAUUCAUAUGCUUGUUAUUUAUCCACAUCAACUGGUCCUGUAAUGGGAGUUUUAUAUGUUUCUACUGCAAAGCUGGCAUAUUGCAGUGACAAUCCUCUUUCCUAUGAAAUUGGGAGCCAGACUGAAUGGAACUACUAUAAGGUUCUUGUCCCUUUACAUCAACUUAAAGCCAUUAAUCCUUCGACAAGUAAAGUCAAUCCCGCUGAGAAGUACAUCCAAAUUAUCUCUGUUGAUGGUCAUGAAUUUUGGUUCAUGGGCUUCUUAAACUACUACGGCGCCAUUACAUGCCUUGAGGAAGUGUCCGAACUCCAUGGCACUUGAUCUAUGUGAUACCAUGCUGGUUGGAAGCAUUUGAUGAUACAUGCCAUGCCCCAUGGGGUGUUUUCGAUUCAGGUAACUGUAGAGUUUAUCAGACCAAAUGUUUCUUCCGUGAGACAAGUUACUGAUUAUAUAUAUUUAUUCUCCGAUUGGUUUUCCGAAGUUGUUUAGCGAUUGUUUUCGCUGCCGGCAACAGCCUCAUUGAAUAGAUUUCGGUUAACAGAGUCGAACUUAGUCCCUAAAUCUGAUGCAGCUCCGGUGAAUGGGCCUUACAAAAACAAAACAA